AUGGUUCCCUCGCGUUCGUUCCACUCGCUGGAAAACCUGUCCCUGGCGGACAGAGUUCUCUUCAACCAAUUCAGCAGAGGACCGAGUGAUGUGGUACCCUACCACGUCGUCCACCACGCCUUCGAGUCCAUCGCGGCAGCACAUCCUGACGCCACGGCUGUCCGACACUACGAUGGCACAAUUAUCACAUACCGGGAGCUCAAUCGCAGGGCCAACGUGCUCGCCAACGAGCUCAGAGGAACAUACGGCCUUAGGAAAGGAGACCGUGUAGUCCUCGUCUACUCUCGCUGUAUCGAAAUGGUCGUCUUCAUCUUUGCCGUUCUCAAGGCGGGUGGUCAGUAUGUCCCUCUCGAUGGUGGCAUCAUCCCCGAAGACACACUCGGCUAUGACAUCAUCGACUCCAACGCGCCGGUUGUCCUGUGCCUUCCCAAGUUCAGAGAGAAGGUGCUACGCAGCAUCCCCUCGGAAAGGCGGAACCUUGUCAGGGUGGUAGACCUCGACGCGAACAGUUGGCUGUGGAAGCACGGCAACAAUGGGCACCCCGGUGUCAUUGUCAAGCCAGAGGAUGGAGCCUAUGUGAUCUACACCUCGGGCACUACCGGGCGACCCAAGGGAGUGGAUGUGAGACACGAGGGCGUUACCAACACCCUUCUAGCGGAGCCCUCCAAGCUGGGCAUCCGCGUCGGAAAGAACGUAGCGCAACUGUUGAACGUCGGGUUCGAUAUGUGCGCGUGGGAGAUUCUCGGCACGAUGAUGAACGGAGGAACACUUCACAUCAGAGGCAGCGGCAAUGAUCUCUGGACGGAUUGCCUGCAACGUGUCGACAUUGUCAUCGCGACACCCUCCGUCGUCCUCAAGCGCAUGCCCAGGCGCGAGGACUUCCCCAACAUCAGGACCAUUGCAGUCGGCGGCGAGCCCUGCCCAUUGGCCCUCGCCGAGCUUUGGGCGCCCUACGUCAAGUUCUGGAACGUAUGCGGUCCUACUGAAAUCAGCAUUCUCAACACCGCGCACCUUCACAAGCCGGGCAAGACUUUGUCGAUUGGCAAGCCUAACCCCAACACCAACGUCUACAUUCUCGACGAAGAUGAGAACCCUGUCAAGAUUGGCGAACCCGGCGUCAUGUGGGCCGGCGGCCUAGGCGUUUCUAGGGGGUAUCUCAACCUGCCGGAGUUGACGGCACAAAGAUAUAAGGUCGACAAGUUCACAAAGGAUGGUCGUAUGAUGUUCAACACUGGCGACCUCGCCCGCUGGCUCGAAGACGGUAGCUUGGAGCCCCUCGGCCGGAAAGACGACCAGGUCAAGAUUUCUGGUUUCCGCGUCGAGCUCGAUGGCGUCUCCCGCGCUAUUGAAAAAUGCCCUGGCGUUGUCAAGGGAUGUGCGCUGAAAAUCGACGAUCGUCUGUGGGGCUUCUACUCUGCCCCUGCGCCGAUCGACGAAGCUCAGCUGAAGACUGUCGUCGGCGAGGGCCAACCGUUCUACGCCGUCCCGACCGUCUGGAAGUACCUCCCCGUCAUCGAGCUAACCCCCAACGGCAAGGUCGACAAGCGGGCCCUCCGCGACAUCGCCUCCGGCGCGGCCCAGGUUCCGCCGCCGCUGCCUCUGGCCGAUAUUCCGACGGGCAUGUCGACGCCCCAGGAAUCGUCGAGCGCCUCGACCAUCAAGACGGCCGCCGAGAAAGAGGAACAAGAGUACGAGCUCCCUUCCAAGAAGGGCUUCCACGGCUGGAGAUGGAUCCGUCACCGCGGACUCAAUGUCUACCGCAAGCUCUUUGGCGUCAUCUUCGUCUCCAACCUCGCUGUCUUCGUGUGGAUGCUGUACGAGAGCCGCAACAGCAACUUCUCUCUGCCCCUGAACCACCUGGCCACCGCCGUCGCCGCCAACCUCCUCGGCGCCGUUCUCCUGCGCCAGGACUACGUCGUCAACUUCAUUUUCUGGCUCUGCUCCCGCGUGCCCACCUCCAUUCCGCUCGCCAUCCGCAGACACUUUGCGCGUGUCUACCACAAUGGCGGCGUCCACUCGGGCUGCGCCGUCUCCGCCACCGUGUGGUGGGUCAUCUUCACGGGCGCUGCAACCGGUAGCUUCAUCGCGCCGCAGUCCCUCUACUCCGUCAACCUCAUCACCUUGGUCCUAACCUACCUCAUCCUCCUCCUUCUCCUCAUGAUCCUCGUCAUGGCCUACCCUACCAUCCGCGCCAAGAUGCACGACCAGUUCGAGUGGACGCACCGCUUCGCAGGCUGGUCCGCCCUCGCUCUCGUAUGGGCCCAUGUCAUCGCGACCGCGGCCUCCAUGUCCGCCGAACCCCUCGGUCCGGCCCUGGCAAAGACCCCCGCGCUCUAUCUCGUGGCCCUCACAUCCCUCAGCAUCGCGCUCCCCUGGAUGCGCCUCCGCCGCGUCAAAGUCGUCCCCGAGCCGCUCUCCAAGCACGCCGUCCGUCUGCACUUUGACUUCUGCACCCCGGGGCCAUGCACCUCGCGCGGCGUCCGCAUCACGGAUAGACCAAUGGUCGAAUGGCACGCCUUCGCCGCCAUCCCGGAGCCGAGCGGCAAGGGCUUCUCCAUCGUCGUCUCCAAGGCCGGCGACUGGACUAAGCGCAUCAUCGAGAACCCGCCCACCUCGAUCUGGACCCGCGGCACACCCGCCUCAGGCGUCCUCGCCGUCGCCCCCCUCUUCAAGAAGAUGGUUCUCGUGGCAACGGGCUCCGGUAUUGGUCCCUGUUUGCCUGUUCUCAUGGAGCGGAGGGUGCCCGCGCGCGUCGUCUGGUCGACCAAGAACCCGCUCAAGACGUACGGCCAGGGCGUCAUGGAUCUAAUUCUCAAGGCGGACCCGGACGCGUUGAUCUGGGAUACGGAUGAGCGUGGUAGGCCUGACUUGGUGCAGUCGGCGUAUAAUGUGUAUAAGGAGAGCGGGGCCGAGUGUGUUGCGAUUAUUUCCAACGGGCCUACUGUGAAUAAGUUUGUGUAUCGGAUGGAGGCGAGGGGAAUUCCUGCAUUUGGGCCGAUUUGGGAUUCAUGA